UCGCUUAUACACCAAAUGGGCUUUUUGCACUCUCCGACUAUGUUUUAUGUCCUAUCACAGUCAGUCAUCUCUGCAUCCAUUCCUCCCACAUGCAUCAGUUUGCAGUCGCUGCUGCUCCGCUGCUCCAAUCAGACGUCAAUGCGUCAGAGGCGCAGACGUCUGCGUCAGGAGCGCCUGUUGUGCUGCGCUGUAGCGUUUAAAACACAGUGGGCAACUUUAACAGUGUGUAUUGUAUCUUAUUUUACACACUUUUUAAAUUCUAUAGACACCAGGAAGGAAAAUGUGAACAGGUUUGAGGGUUUGUUGCCGGUAAUGUAAGAGCACAACUUUUAAACCCCCCACAGAGGCUGUAAUUUCUGAAGGAUUGAGGAAACAGCAACAGGGAGACCUGUUCCUUCACGCUGCGGGAGAUGGAGGCUCCAUCCACUCCGGGAGACAGCCCGGUGGAGUUGGAGUUAACGGUGGAGAAUGUGGAGUCGGCUCUGUACCAGCUUUACUUCGACCCAGAUAUGGAGCGUAAGAACUUGGCCCAGAAGUGGUUAACCCAGGCCCAGGCUUCUACACAGGCAUGGCAGUUUUGCUGGGCACUGCUUGGUCCUGACAAGCUCCCAGAGGUGCAGUUUUUUGGCGCCAGCACCCUCCACACCAAGAUCUCCCGUCACUGGGCAGACCUUCCCACAGAGCAGCAUGAGAGCCUCAGGAUGCAGCUCCUCUCCCAUAUCCUGCACUUUUCCUCGGGCCCCAAAAUGGUGCUUACCAGACUGUGUGUAGCCCUGGCUGCUAUGGCUCUUAACUUAAUCCCCCAGUCUUGGUCCCAGCCGGUGGCAGACAUGGUGAGGGCCUUCCAGCCGCAGAAGCCUGACUGUGAGGGUGCAGAGGCUGCACAGGAACCUCAUGCACACUGCCUGGCCCUACUGGAGCUCCUCACUGUACUUCCAGAGGAGUUCCAGAGCAGCCGACUGGCUCAGGCUCGUCGUGCCCAGCUGAGGGGGGCUUUAGCUGGGGAGUGGGCAGUGGUUUGUCCUCUGCUGCGUCAGCUGCUCCAAAGCCAGGAUUCUUCAGUGCAGGUGAAGGAAAAAGUGCUCCGCUGCCUGUCCAGCUGGGUGGGGCUAGACGUGCCGUUAGGGGAGAGCCAUGAACUGGUUCAGGACUGUUUCACCGCACUGUCCAAUCCUGAACUGUUUGACACGGCUGUGGAGACGAUAGUUAAUGCCAUCUCACAGCCAGACUGUCAGAGGUACAUUGAUGCUCUGGUGAACUUGGUGCCACUUGUGCUGGGUCUCCAUGACCAGCUGAAGACAGCAGCUCAGGACGGAGACAUGGAGACCUCACAUGGAAUCUGUCGUAUUGCUGUUGCUGUGGGAGAAACGCACUCCAGGGUUUUGUUGGAACAGGUGGAGCACUGGCAAGAAUACCUUGCUUUGGUUAACAUGAUUCUUUUCUGUACGGGCAUCCCCGGGCACUAUCCAGUCAGUGAGACCACCAGCUCCCUCACACUCACCUUCUGGUACACUCUGCAGGAUGACAUCUUGUCAUUUGAGGAGGAGAAACAGGCUGUUUACCUGCAGGUAUACAGGCCUGUUUACUUCCAGCUGGUGGACGUGCUGCUCCACAAAUCUCACUACCCCUCCCAGGAGGAAUACGCCUCCUGGUCCUCUGAUGACAAGGAGCAAUUCAGAAUUUACAGAGUGGAUAUUUCUGACACUCUGAUGUAUGUGUAUGAAAUGCUGGGGGCGGAGCUGCUCAGUAACCUCUAUGACAGACUGGGCCGACAGCUGAUGGACCCUCAACAGUCAGCAGUGUGGCAGGACACAGAGGCUCUGUUAUUUGGCUUCCAGUCUAUAGCUGAAACCAUAGAUGUGAACUACUCGGAUGUCAUCCCCGGUCUUAUCGGCCUCAUCCCUAGAAUCAACAUCAGCAAUGUUAUGCUGGCCGACACCGUCAUGUACACUAUAGGCUCUCUUGCCGAGUGGCUGGCUGACCACCCGGUGAUGCUGGGCGGCAUAUUACCCAUGGUACUUCAGGGCCUUGUGAAGGCAGAGCUGUCCGUGUCCAGUGUUUCCACUCUGAAGAGGAUCUGCAGGGAGUGCAGACAUGACCUCAGCCCCUACGCUCAGGACAUCCUCACCGUGUCACAGGAUGUGCUGGUGAAAGAAAUCCAUAAGAGCAGCCAGUGCAUGUGGUUGAUGCAGGCUCUGGGUUUCCUGUUGUCUGCCCUGCCUACAGAGGAGAUCUUGGUCAGACUUCAUGCUCUCAUCACACCUCACGUCCAGCAGCUGGACUCUCUGGUCCAGCAGGAGCCUAAUCCUCCUAACAAACAGUCUAUAAUCCACAUCCUGGGGAUGCUCUCCAGUCUCUUCACCACUUUGGACAUCAGACAAGCAGACAGCUUAGAGGGAGCCUCCAGCCCCAGACUCAGUCCCUCACAGAGUGCUCAAAAUCCAGUUGUUGUUGUGCUGCAGCAAGUGUUCACGUUGAUUCAGACCAUCCUCAGCAAAUGGCUGGAUGACUCAGAGGUGGUUGAGGCAGUGUGCGGGGUCUUUGAUAAGUCAGUUCGAACCCUCCUACACGAUUUCGGUCCGAUGGUUGCUCAGCUGGGCGAGAUGCUGGGGCAGAUCUACAGCGCCUUUCCACAAGCCUCUGCUCUAGACCUGGCCCGGCAGAUGGUUCACAUAUUUGCAGGAGAGGAACAGCACAUCUCUGACAUCAAGAGUCUGAUUGAGGUGUUGACUUCAACAACGUUAACCAUAUUUCAGCAAGGUCCUCGGGAUCAUCCUGACAUUGCAGAAUCAUUUAUGCAGCUUCAUGCUCAGAUUCUGAAAAGGAAGCCUGAUUUGUACCUGUCAGACCAGCUGGAUGUUAAAGCCCUGUUUUACUGUGGGAUUCUUUCACUGAAAUUUCCAGAGACCCCAACAGUAAAAGCUGCCAGUCUCUUCUUUACAGAGCUGCUGCCUCGCUGCAAAGAUGUCCCCUCUCUGGGUGAAGUUUUACAGAGAGACGGAAAGCUUCUAACAGAAACUAUACUCUACGCGGUUGGGGGCGGGUCACCUCGCAGUCUGUCAGAGCACUUCUCUGAGGUGUUGCUGAGUCUGAACAGACACUGUCCAGCUCUGCUGUCUCAGUGGCUCAAAGAAACACUGCAGAGUCCAGGGUUCCCCUCCAACCAGGUGUCCACAGAGCAGAAACACACCUUCAGUCAGCAGCUUCUGAGGGAGCAAUCCAACAAGCGUCGGGUGAAGGAGAUCGUCAAGGAGUUUUCUCUGCUGUGUCGUGGUCUGCAGGGGUCUGGAUACUAAAUCCACUGAAUGUAGAGAAGAAAAAAACAACCUAAAUGUGAAUCUGUUUUAAUCCUAAAAAUACUGAACAGGACUUUUUACCUGGGCAGGUGUCUCUGGACUAUGUAAACCAUGCUACUGAACUGAUGCAAAAACAGGAGGAAUGGACUGUUAGUAGGAUGAGUUGAACUCUGUGUGAUAUGUUUGUAAUAAAUUAACUUUGUCAGGAUAAAAAGAAAGAAGUGUCCCAAACUGAAAAACAACAAUAAACACUUCAUACUUUACA